ACUAUCUAAUCCCAUAUUAUACAACUUUGCUUCUGUGUCACACACUCUCUCUCUCUCUCUCUCUCUCUCAUUGCUAGAGCAGAGACAAACGACACCGAACCAAACUCCAACAGUUUUAGAGAGAGAAAAAAGAAAAAAGAAAAAAGAAAAGGUUCAACUUCUUCCAGAAAUGCUCUGAAAUCUAUCAUCAGGAAGAAGACGACGACGACGUAAUUCGUCUGUAUUCUGACCAACCAAUCCAGCAAAUAAAUGCUUAGUCAUUGUUUCUGCAUCAAUGCUCACCGAACAACUGCACUUAUUGUAUCCAUCAAAAAAAGCUAGCAAAUUUCUCAUUGAACCCUAAAAGACUGAACACCAAAGUGAAUACAGCUAAUAUGCAUGACUACUGUUCUUUCAAAUUGCAUCUGUUGCAAUUAAGAUUCUACUAUUGAGGAUCUUUGAAUUCAAUUCCAUUUCUCGAAGAUCCUUUGAAGAUUCUAAAAAAGAAAUAAUCAAACCUAUCUGAGAAACAUAACUAGUGAAGAAAUUUAGGGUUUUGGUGUGAAGAAUGGCUGCAGCAUGGGAGCAUUUUGGAGAGAUUGCAAAUGUGGCCCAACUAACAGGUUUAGAUGCAGUGAAGCUAAUAGGGAUGAUUGUCCAAGCUGCUAAUACAGCUCGUUUACACAAGAAGAACUGCAAACAAUUUGCAAAGCAUUUGAAGUUGAUUGGAAAUCUUCUUCAACAACUCAAAAUCACUGAGCUGAAAAGGUAUCCAGAAACACGUGAACCUUUAGAACAACUUGAAGAUGCAUUGAGAAGAUCCUACAUUUUAGUCAACAGUUGUCAAGAUCGAAGCUAUCUCUACUUACUUGCAAUGGGAUGGAACAUUGUUUAUCAAUUCAGAAAAGCACAAAACGAAAUUGAUCGAUACUUAAAGAUUAUCCCACUCAUCACUCUUGUUGAUAAUGCUCGAGUCAGGGAAAGAUUGGAGUAUAUUGAAAUGGAUCAAAGGGAAUACACAUUGGAUGAUGAAGAUAGAAAGGUGCAAGAUGUUAUCAUGAAGCCUGAUCCUUCACAUACUGAUACUGUUGUGUUGAAGAAAACACUUUCUUGUAGCUACCCAAAUUUGCCUUUCAAGGAAGUUAUCCAGAAAGAAAAUGAAAAGCUUCAUAUGGAACUACAAAGAUCACAAGCUAACUUAGAUGUAGGCCAAUGUGAAGUUAUUCAACAUCUGAUUGAGGUCACUCAAGUUGUUGCUUCAAAUUCUCAAAAUGAAACAGAGCCUCAAUAUCCAAAUGUUAACACCAAUAAACAAGCUCGAGAUGAGAGUGAUACAAAUACAAUUACAAAUACAAAGCCACACUCAACUUCAAGAAGCACAUCAUAUGGGCAUCAAGAAUGGCAUUCAGAUCUACUUGGCUGUUGUUCAGAGCCUAAGAUGUGUAUGAAGACAUUCUUCUUUCCAUGUGGGACAUUUUCAAAGAUUGCAUCUGUGGCGACAAACAGGCACAUGACUUCAGGAGAAGCCUGCAAUGAGCUGAUGGCUUAUUCUCUAAUAUUAUCAUGCUGUUGCUAUACCUCUUGCAUUAGGAGGAAGCUUCGGAUGACUCUCAAUAUCACGGGUGGGUGGUUUGAUGACUUUCUGUCGCAUAUCAUGUGCUGUUGCUGUGCACUUGUUCAAGAGCUGCGAGAAGUUGAAAUGCGUGGAAUUCAUGGUCCAGAGAAGACAAAAACAAGCUCUCCACCUUCGCAGUGGAUGGAAUCGUGAAGUUGAUUUGAUUAUAUGAGAAAUCGUUACAUAAGAUUUGUUGCCAUUGUUAAUAGUUAAUACCUCUCAUGGUGGUUGACUUUUUCUUUACCUUACUUUUACUUUAUGUAAAGUUGUUCUUGAUGAUAGAUUCAAGUCUUCAACGCUUCAACAAUAACUUAAUUUAAAGAGUGAGAAAUAGUGGUUUGAUAAAUGAUAGGUUUUCAUGAAAAGAGAUUUGAAUUAAAUUUAUUGAUAGUUGGAUUCCAA